UGUAUCUUUUCUUUUUUUUUAACAAUCAUGAGUGAUUCACGCGUAGAAGACCUUUCCACAUUUGAUUUUGAGAGUUACAUUAGUAACUACGAGGGUUACACGCGUAUUGCUAGAAGUCUGUUUAUUGCCAAACACUCUCAUGCACCUCUUGCUAUUGAAGCCUAUAAAAGUGCUAUUCAAGACAUCAAGGCCAACACAUUCAACACAGCUAAAUAUAAACUUGCACUCGAAUGCCUUAAUUCAGAAUUAUCAAGUCAAGGACAACCUAGUGUUCCUAUAGAUCAAGAUUGGAUUAAUGAAGCUCAGCAAAAGAGUAAAUCAACGAUUGAAGCACUCGAACACGAUCUAAAGACAGCGAAAAGCAAUCUUGCUAAAGAUGAGAUCCGAUUGUGUCAUACACGUAUAGGAGAUCAGUAUUAUAAAAAAGGUGACCUUCCCACUGCCAUGAAGAACUAUGUGAGAACAAGAGACUAUUGCUCAACAAGCCAGAAUGUGAUUGAUAUGUGCUUUAAUACCAUCAAGGUCUAUUUGGAUGAUCGAAACUACUCCCAUGUAGUCCAGACAUAUAUAUCCCGUGCAGAAGCAACACCUAAUAUGCCUGAUAAAGUCAAUACUUUAUCUAAGCUAAGAUGCUGUCAAGCCAUUUCUUUAUUAGGCGGAAGUGACAGCCCCAAUCGCUACCGAGCUGUGGCUACUGCCUUAACUGAAGUCUCAUUUGAGUCUGCAUCUCAUGUGAGCGAUAUUAUGUCUGCUAAUGAUGUGGCUAUUUAUGGUAGUCUGUGUGCAUUGGUCUCAUACGACCGACGUCAAUUCAACACACACAUCUUGAACAAUACGAAUUUCAAAAACUUCCUUGUAGUAGAACCUUCACUUUAUGAACUGCUAGAGGCUUUUUACAAAUCAAAAUAUGCCAUUUGUUUUGAAUUGCUAGAGAAAUACAAGCAGACAUUAGCAUUGGAUAUCUACUUGGCAUCUCAUAUACAAGCACUUGUUCAGCUUGUACGUGAAAAAGCCAUGGUUCAGUAUUGUAUUCCUUACUCUAUGAUUGACAUGCGAAAGAUGGCAACAGCAUUUAACAUGGAUCUUGAUGCAUUGGAGAAUGAUUUAGUUACUUUAAUUGGUAAAAAACAAAAGAUUUCUGCUAGAAUUGAUAGUCAUCAAAAGAUUUUAUGUACAAAGAAACAAGAAAAGCGUUCUGAAGCAUUAGAAAGAUCUCUUUUGGCUGGUGACGAGUUUGAUAAAUCUUCUAAGGCUCUUUUGUUGCGACUUCACUUGUUGAAAGCAAAUCUAAUUGUGAAAUAAAACA